GCGCCCGUCUGUCAUUGCCCAUUGACGUGACGUAUCACUUCGUUAAUUUCUUCUCGCCGUGUUAUCAAUAAACCAGUGAAAAUGGAUGAAGAAUACGAUGCCAUCGUCUUGGGCACCGGCCUAAAGGAGUGUAUUUUGUCGGGUAUGUUGUCCGUGUCCGGCAAAAAGGUCCUCCACGUAGACCGGAACAAGUACUACGGGGGUGAGUCGGCAUCCAUCUGCCCUUUGGAGGAGUUGUUCGCCAAGUUCGGUGCACCGGCCCCUGACGAGUCCUACGGCCGGGGCCGCGACUGGAACGUGGAUCUCAUUCCCAAGUUCCUUAUGGCCAAUGGGCAAUUGGUCAAACUGCUCAUCCAUACGGGCGUUACUCGCUAUUUAGAGUUCAAGUCGGUGGAAGGGAGCUAUGUGUACAAAGGGGGCAAGAUAUCGAAAGUCCCGGUGGAUCAGAAGGAGGCGCUGGCGUCGGAUCUCAUGGGGAUGUUUGAGAAGAGGCGAUUUAGGAAUUUCCUGAUUUAUGUGCAAGAUUUCCAGCAGGAGGAUCCCAAGACUUGGAAGGAUUUUGAUCCCAAUACAGCCGAUAUGCAAGCGCUGUAUGAUAAGUUUGGGUUAGAUAAGAAUACGCAGGAUUUUACAGGACACGCAUUGGCCCUGUUCAGGGAUGAUGACUAUUUGAAGAGACCAGCAUUGGAGACUAUCAACAGGAUUAAGCUGUAUUCGGACUCUCUCGCCAGAUACGGCAAGUCUCCGUAUUUGUACCCCAUGUAUGGGCUUGGAGAACUGCCACAAGGUUUCGCGCGGCUGUCGGCCAUCUACGGAGGCACCUACAUGCUCGACAAGCCCAUCGACGAGAUCGUUCUCGGCGAAGGGGGAAGAGUCGUGGGGGUUCGUUCCGGCACCGAAGUGGCCAAAUGCAAGCAAGUUUACUGCGAUCCCACUUACGUCCCUGAUCGAGUGCGCAAGAAGGGCCGUGUGGUUCGCUGCAUCUGCCUCAUAGACCACCCGAUCGCCAAUACGAAAGACGCUCUCUCCACCCAAAUCAUCAUUCCACAAAAACAAGUCGGUCGAAAUUCCGACAUUUACGUGUCUUUGGUCAGCUAUACGCAUCAAGUAGCGGCUAAAGGCUGGUUUGUGGCGAUGGUGUCCACGACCGUUGAGACCGACAAUCCCGAAACUGAAAUAAAGCCCGGUUUGGAUCUCUUGGGGCCGAUUCGUCAGAAGUUCAUCUCGGUUUCGGAUUACUACGAGCCUACUGAUGACGGCUUGCAGUCGCAGAUUUUCAUUUCGCAGUCGUAUGAUGCCACGACUCAUUUCGAGACGACUUGUUUGGAUGUUUUGGAUAUUUUCAAGCGCGGGACAGGGGAGGAGUUCGAUUUUUCGAAGAUUAAGCACGAGUUGGGGGAUGAGGAACAAUAAUGGAUUCGGUUGAGUUUAAGAGUAGGUAUUCUAUGUGCAAGUUUUUUUUAUAUGGUUCUGUUUUGUUUACACCGCUGCAUUGAUACUCUACUUGCUAUACAAAGUAAUUCUGUGGCUUGGGCCCAAGCACAAUUAAUUUGUAUAUACAGUAAAAAUUUAUACCUUAGUGAAUAAAAUAAUUGCUUAAUUUUAAGGAUCCUGAUGUGCAAACAAAAGCAUUAGCUUGACUAUAAAAAAACGAGAAUUGUUAGUAAUGAAUUUUUUUAUUUGCAAAAUGGGGUUUUAUUGUAACUCAUUAUGUCAAAAAAAUGUAUUUAUAGCUUUAUGUUCUAUUAGAUAUGCAUGUCUGACAUAAUAUUUGGUGAUAUGGCACAUUGAUAUGUAUUAUGUGAUGGAUCAAAUAUACCAAAAAUACGGAAA